CCCACAGCUUCUUCUUCAUCUACGUCGUCGUUUUGAUCUUCUUCUUCAGCUUCCUUGUGAUUCCAUGUCAGAUGAAAUGUUUAGAGAUCUAUUUUUCUCGAACCCUUUUCGAGACGGUGGGUUCGGGGACUCGGAAACAGCCAGGAAUUUUGGGGUGUCGAAUGAAAUUUCGGGGACUCCGAUGAAUUCUUGUGGGUCGUUGUCGUCUUCGGAUGCUGGAGCUGAGGAAGAUGGUUCUGGGAAAGAGAAGGAGAAGGCGAUGAAAGACAUGGAAGAUGGUGGAGAGAGUUCCAAAGCUGCAGGUAAAGCGAAGAAGAAAGAGCGAGAGCCCAGAUUUGCUUUCAUGACGAAGACCGAGAUCGAUCAUCUUGAAGAUGGAUAUCGAUGGAGAAAAUAUGGACAGAAGGCCGUCAAGAACAGUAUUUUUCCGAGGAGCUAUUACAGGUGUACAACUCCCAACUGUGGAGUGAAGAAACGUGUAGAAAGAUCAUUUCAAGAUCCAUCCAUUGUAAUCACGACGUACGAAGGACAACACAACCACCCAAUUGCGGCAACGCUGAGAGGAAAUCUGUCGGCGGCCGCCGCAUUUCCACCGUCCAUGUUGGCACCAAUGUCAGUGGUCGGUGGCGCUGGGUUUCUUCCGAAACCGUUGAGCGACCCUUCCGGCAACAGUCAGGUUGUCGGCGGUGACGGCUACGUUUAUUCACAGAGCAGCUUCGGGUAUCCUUACAACGAGCAGCAAUCGGAAUAUGGGGUUUUGCAGGACAUUUUUCCAUCUCCGUCGUCGUUCUUCAACCGGCAGUCGUGAUAAAUUAAUGAAUAAGGCAGUUCUGUUAAAUUACAGAAAAGUCCUCGCCAAAGAUGGGUGCAAUCUCGCUUACUGUAAGUAUGGGUUGAAUUAAAACUAUAGAGAUUUGCAUGCAUUUUAUA